GGGUGGCUGAGAGGUGAGAAUACAGCAUUCAUCAAAAACCCCACCAAUGCUCUAAGCUCCGGAGCCAUCAGCCAUGGCCUCCAUCUCCCUCCUCACUACUACUGCGCCACCUCUCUUCCUCCCAAUUCCCUCGCCUUCCGCUUCUCCCAUCAGGAUUUCGCAUUCGCUUCCACUCCACCACCACAAGAAGCUCCGCACGCGCCUAACACUCCACGCUUCUGCAGUUUCCGCACCCUCGCUGCCCAAACCCGAUGAUCUCGUCAAUGCUCUUCUUUCUAAGGUUGUGCAAACAGAUAGAGGAGUUUUGUUGACCACAGAAGAGCAUGGAAAGGUGGCUGAGAUGGCUAGUGAUUUGGAGAGCUUCUGUGUUGAUGAACCUGUUAAGUGCCCUCUAAUAUUUGGAGAAUGGGAUGUAGUCUACUGCUCAAAUCCCACAUCACCAGGCGGUCUCUAUAGGAGUGCAAUUGGUCGCCUUUUCUUCAAAACCAAAGAAAUGAUUCAGGUUCUUGAAGCCCCUGACACCGUGAGAAACAAAGUCUCGUUCUCUCUUUUUGGAUUCCUUGAUGGAGAAGUUUCUUUGAAAGGGAAAUUGAAUGUUCUUGAUGAAAAAUGGAUUCAAGUGGUGUUCGAGUCACCCGAAAUUAAGAUAGGUGGGUUAGAAACGCGAUAUGGUGGCGAGAGUGAAGUUAAACUGGAGAUCAUAUACAUUGAUGAGAAGAUGAGGCUGGGAAAGGGCUCUAGAGGUUCAUUAUUUGUUUUCCAGCGACGAGGUACCUUUUAAAUCUUCAUAUUGUACAAGUAAACCCUUGUAUUGUAUGUACAACAAACUUAUCCAAGAAAAAUCAUUAUAUAGUUUUCUAGCUUAUACAUUUUGUGGUGAUAGUUACAUGAACCCUUUUAAUAUAAUGAUGUUCAAGUUUCUAAUA